GACUGCCGCGGACAGAACACGUGCGACGCGCUGUGCACGGGAGACCAGUCGCAGGUUCAGCGGUGCCCGGAGCUGCCGGAGUGCCCCACGGUCCUGGACCAGUGCAACGGCAAGGGCGGCAGCGGCCCGGUGAACUGCUCCUUCGGCGACUGGUCCGAGUGGUCCCCGCCCAGCGACUGCAGCGGCCUCUGCGCCCGGACGCGGGCCAUCCAGACGCCGAACCGGUGCGGCGGCUUCCCGUGCGAGGGGGCCCUGGAGGAGAGAGCCAGCGCUGCCAGAACCCGUGCGUGCCCGACGCCCCGCAGGACUGACUGCGUGGUGGGCGACUGGGGUUCCUGGGGCGAGUGCGGGGAGACGAAGGAGUUCCAGCGGGAGCGCCACAGGGAGAUCGUGGAGCCUGCGGCCCGCGGUGGCGCGGACUGCUCGGGCCAGAUCUUGGAGACCGAGGUGUGCGGCAACGGGACCAAGGAGUCCCUCGACUGCCUCGUCUCCUCCUGGAUGGCCUGGACCCCCUGCACGCGCAAGUGCGGCGGCGGCGAGCGCCAGCGGCAGCGCACGAUCCUGAGGCACUCGGAGAACGGCGGCCGGCCGUGCUCUGCCUCGCUGUCGGAGAUGGAGCCGUGCAGCACCCAGGCCUGCAGCGGGGUCAAGGAGGCCGCGAACUGCACCCUCGCCGAGUGGUCCGAGUGGGGCCGCUGCAGCGCGGAGUUCCGGCAGCGCACCCGGAGUCGGCGCGUGGCUACCCCCGCGGUGGGCGACGGCCUGCCCUGCGAGGGGCACCUGUCGCAGACGGAGGGCUGCGAGCCCGAGGUGGACACGUCCUCGGACGACUGCCGGCUGCCACGAGCGGCGAACAUACCUCGGAGGACCUGCGGGGGCGGCCAGACGAUCCGGCAGCGGCUCGUGGAGAAGCCCGCGGCGGAGAGGGGGAAGCCCUGCGUGGGCGGGCUCCUGGAGAUCCCCCCCGACGGGAACAGAGAGACGACGUCCUGCAACCAGCAGCCCUGCGAGCUGGGCUCCGUCCCGUGCCGCGUCUCGCAGUGGUCGGAGUGGAGCACGUGCUCGGCCACCUGUGGCACUGGCGGGCGCCAGGAGCCCCGGAGCCUCUCCCCCGACCCCCUCGGCCGGCCGCCCGUCGGGCGGGGCGGCCUGGGGUGCAACCUGUCGCUGGCCGAGGACCGCGGCUGCGGCGACGCGCUGCCGCCCUGCCCCGCCGCCGACUGCGCCUGGGGCGGCUGGUCGCCCUGGAGCCUGUGCACGGCCACCUGCGGCGGGGGGCAGCGGAGCCGGGCCCGCGAGGAGGCCACCGUCGGGGGGAAGCCGUGCGCGAAGCCGCACCACUCGGCCGUGAUCGAGGCGUGCGGCACGGGCCCCUGCGAGGCCGCGGGGCGCUCCAGAACGGGCCCGUGCCUCCGGCGCGCCUCUCGCCCGCACUGCGGCAGCCGGCGGGAGCUUUUCACAGAGGGCCGCGGCGCGGCCGGCGGAAGGCGGCAGAAGUACAGUCGAGCAGUGGUGACGAAUUGCACCGACGGCGAGUGGGCGGACUGGGGCCCCUGGUCGAAGUGCGCGAAGAGCUGCCGCGGAGGCUACCGCUCCCGGGCGCGCGAGGUCGCCACGGAGGCCUCGGAGUGCGGCGAGCCCGCCACGGGCCCCGCCUCGGAGUUCGAGAGCUGCAACGGCGACGUCCGCUGCGUCGGCGACGUGGACUGCGAGCUCAGCGACUGGGGCGCCUGGGGCGAGUGCGUCGGCGACGCCUCGUGCCACGGCACCCGCAAGCGGUCGCGCGAGAUCAAAGUGCACCGCGAGGGCGACGGGGCCUUCUGCGGCCGCGGCGCCUCGGAGCCUUCCGAGGCGCUGGAGCAGGUGGCGCCCUGCGUCCCGGACGGGCUGAGCUACUGCGAGGACCUGGUCGAGGCCGACUGCGAGUUCGACGACUGGUCCGAGUGGUACCAGUGCCCCGUCAGCUGCGGCGGCGGGCAAACGGUCCGUACCCGCCAGAUUGUCAGGCCUCUGUCGCCGCCCGCGCCCGACGCGCGCCGCCUGGGCCAGGGGCGCGGCGGGCAGGGCGGCGACUGGACGGCGUUGCCUGGCGGGCGGGGCUGCAACGGCACGACCCGCACGACGAAGGCCUGCAACGAGCAGCCCUGCGGCGAGAGGGUGGACUGCAAGUAUGGGGACUGGUCGGACUGGGGCAACUGCUCGCAGUGCGGCGGGCAGCGCUUCAGGCACCGCACGAUCGCCCAGGCCCCCGCGAACGGUGGCGCCGAGUGCCAGCUCGAGCACACCUACGAGACGGGGAAAUGCCCGCGCUCCUGCGAGGACGACGCCGGCAAGCAGUAUUUCUGCGUGUGGAGCGACUGGGAGGAGUGGGGCUCCUGCACGAAGACCUGUGGGGCGGGUUUCCGGCCGCGUCGUAAGUGGCUGAAUCUGACUGACGUCAAGCCCAAGGAUCCCCUGGCCGUGGCCUCUUUCAAGAAGGAGUGCACGGGCUCGCUCAUCGACCUGGACGAGUGCAAGGGCAACCCAGACUGCGAGUCGACCUGCUCGCCGCAGCACUGCAUCCUUGGAGACUGGUCCGAGUGGAGCGAGCCAGGGUGCGACGGCAUCUGCACGCGCUCUCGCGACAUCGCCACGCAGAACAACCAGUGCGGGAGGCCCUGCGAGGGCACGCUGACCGAGACGAGGCCAUGCGACAGCACCUGCCAGAGCCGGGACUGUGUGCUCUCAGAGUGGUCGGGGUGGGGCGAGUGCCCGUCCGGCGUGGGCCAGAAGUUCAACUACCGCGCCAUCCUCACCGCCCCCACGCUGGAGGGCAAGGGCUGCAAGGGUGCGCUCAAUCUCACCGGCUCGUGCCAGACCGGCCCCCACGCGACGGUCCACUGCGAGUUCUCCACGUGGGAGGACUGGAGCGGCUGCGACCGCGCCUGCGGCGGGGGGCAGAGCGCCCGCAAGCGCCACGUCGCCUCGAAGGCGGAGAACGGCGGCAUGGCCUGCGCGGGCGGCCUCGCGGAGGUGCGGCCCUGCGGGCGGGGCGCGUGCGCGGCCGGCGAGGUGACGCGCGAGGCUGAGGCUGGCGGGCGGCCGUGCAAGGGCAUGCUGCGCGAGACUCGGACGUGCAGCGACACGUCCCGCAACUGCCUGUUCUCAACCUGGAGCACGUGGAGCUUCUGCUCUGCCAGCUGCGGCGGCGGCAUGCACUCGCGCUCGCGCAGCAUCGAGGUGCACGCCCGCGGUGACGGGCUUCAGUGCGACGGGGCUUUGAUGGAGACGGGCCGAUGCGGCAUGGCCUCUUGCAGCAACGACACCUCGAGGGACUGCAAGCUGGGGCACUGGAGCGAGUGGGGUGAGUGCUCGCGGACGUGCGGCGAGGGUUCCAAGGUUCGCGUCCGCAACAUCACGGAGCCCGCGACAGAGGGCACCGCGGGCUGCCGCGGUGACUUGCAGCAGGCGGCGCCUUGCCAAGGACCGCCGUGCGAGAAGGCUGUCGACUGCAAGUGGGGCGUGUGGUCCGAGUGGUCCGAUUGUGCCAGGGUCGCGGGCACCCUGGGGUUCACGCUCGGCGAACGGUCGGCGGCGGCGGCGACAGGCGCAAAGGGCUGCGCCUGUGUCUCGCCGCUGGCGGGCGACGGGCAGAGCGCCUCGUCGUCCUCAUCGUACAGCUCCAGCUCGAUGUAG